UUACAGCACCUGGUAUUCCCAAGCUAUCUCCCCACUAAGUCCCUAUCUCGACCAAUGGUUGAGCGCUGUUGAGCAGAAUUGAGCGCUCAACCCACCAAUCAUUGAGCGAGGAUUUUCCUCAACGGACCAAUCAGCGUCAUGUCGAACGCGAACGACGAGACAGCCAUAAUGACAGCCGUCAUUACGCUUCGGUUAAACAUGGAGAAGAAGACACACGAGUGCAGUUUGUGCAACAAGACUUUCACUGAGAAGUCUAACCUGACCAGGCAUAUGAAGCUUCAUGCUCCAAAGGAAAUUGAGUGUGAUGUGUGUGGUAAAAGCUUCACCUUCAAACAACAGCUGGACUCCCACCUGAAGCAGCAUCUGUACCCACACAUUCCUCUGUAUAGACAGGGAGAGGCCAGGCUGCUGUGUUCAGAUGCAGCUAAGAUUGUGGCAAAGGCCCCCAGCAAAGCAGUAGACCCUGGAUGGCUGGAUCCCGAAAAGGCAGAGGUGGCUGCCAAGAAAUCUGGAGGGGAAAUGUGGAAAGGGCAGUUCGUCAUCACAUUCGGCAAGUAUGCUGGACAGUCAUUCAGAUGGCUGCUUGAAAACGAUGUCGGCUGGGUGGUAUGGUUGCUCUCUGAAUAUUGCCAGAAGGGUGAGAAGAAUGAGCUUCUUAAAUGGCAAAAGGAGCGAAUGCUGGAGUUUGUUCGAGGGUUCCCUUCUGUCACAUGUCAUCUUGACAAGAGGCUGGAGAAACAGGAAUCAACAAAACAAAAGGUGGCUGAAUCUUCUGUUUCCGAGUUACAGCAGGAACCUGGCUAUGCGAGUGAUGCUGAACUGUUGGCUGCUGCUGAACAAGUCCUUGACGAGUCUGAGGUGCCCGUCUCUACACAGCUUACCACCUGGGGAGAGCUUGCUCCAGCUGUGACUCAGGACUCUUCCAACAGGCCCAGCACAUCUCAGGGAUGGCCCUCAUCCACAGCAGAGAGCUCUGCUUCAGAAUCCAGUGGCAUCGUGCUGGAGGGUUGGCAGAAAUACUGGGAGCAGCCACUUGCAUCUGCCCAAGCCCUUGGUAUAGCCCCUCCUAACAUCAGGUGGCUAAAAUACGAUGAGAGGUAUGGUCUCUUUGAUGGCUCAUCUAAGUAUAAAAACAUAAAGGGUGAGAUAGUGGAGAGGAAGCUCUUAAAGGAGAAGAUGGAGUUCCACCCGCCUCCUCAUCCUGUAUCUGUCAAGGGAGCAGUACCCAACAUGAUGGCCUUUUUUACCACCCCUGCCUUCUUCUGGCGGCCAGUUGGUGUGAUGAAAGCCAAGAUCUGCUGCCCCAACACCAACUGCCCUGCACCGCCAGGGGAAUACCUGGAGAAGAAAGGCUUUGGCAGUUACGCUAGGCAAGUGUGUGGGAUGAUGUAUAAUUACACCCUGUUGACAGAGAAACUAAAAUGUUCUCACUGUGAAAAGAUGAGGCAGGCAGUGAGCAAGACGCACGGUGAUGCAGACUGUGACGAGGAGGAGGAGGAGGAGAAUUCACAUCACAUGCAACAGUACAUGUGGUUGGCACACAGUCCCAAGAUUCUGAUGAACCUUGCCCCAGCCAUCAGAAGCAUGUUUCCUGCCAUUCUGUGUGGGAAGCGUGCUAUUGACAGAGGUGUCGUCACCCUGCUGAGUGACCGGCUCAAUGCUGUGUCCAUGAGUAAGGUACAGAGACUGCUGCAGCAGGGCCAUGAUGAGUGGUAUGUCCAGCGGCGUGACCUUUACCAGACUCUCCUGUACGAGGCCCACACAGCUGGAUCUUCAUCGUCUCAGACUGGCAUCCUGUCUUUUGUGAAAGCCCCUGGUACAUACACCCCUCCCCUCCCCCAGUCUCCCCUUCCAUUUGCCCGUGUGCUGAGGCGUGCACACAUGAUCAUGGAAAUGGAAAGGAUGCCUGUGUACCGAGCUGCCAUCCUCAGUGUGACUGGAGAAAUCCUCUGCAUUGAUGGUACCAAAAAGGUCCUUAAGAAGAUAUAUGGUGAUGGCCAGGGCACCAUGCAGUAUGUCACCAGUGUUCUGAAUGAAUGGGGCCAGUUCUUGACGACGGUGGUGGUGGCAGCUGAGUCUGAGGGGUGCUACAGGCGUAUGGCGAGCGGUCUGAUUGCCCGGUUCCAACGUGCAAACGCUCCUGCACCAAAGGUCAUAUAUGCAGACAACAACUGUUGUCGUGACAGUGGCUCAUCCUUCCUGGAGACUCUGUUCAGUGACUGGGUGCAGAAGGGUACCGUGGUCAGACUGGACAUCCGACACUGGCUGCACCGCUGGGAUACUGUUGUGAUCAAGCAGAGCCAUGCCAAGUAUGGGGGGUUCAUGAGUGCCUUAGCAGGUGCACUGCUGGCCUACAACAAGGACGACAUGAUGCUCUUAGUCCAGGCUGUCAGGAGUGGCAACAAAGAAUUGUACGCCUCAUAUUCUGACGAGGAAAUGAUAGCCUUCCUCAAGCCUCACCAGAUCAGGUCUUACGUCAGGCGCAUUACCCGUGGUGUUGACGAGACAGCUUCAGUGAUUGAGUCCAUCAUUGCCGAGUUCAAGGGACCAGCAGGCCUUGAUAUUGAUGGCAUCCACCUGUUCAAGUCAACAGAGGCAGUUGAUGCUCACUGGGCAAUUUCAAGCAAGCAUCUUAGUUUUAUGCAGGUGGGUUAA